UGACGUGUUACGUCACGGUGGCGGAAGUCACGGCAGCUGUGUUGAAAACAGACCGCCCGAAUCUUAGAAGCUUCUGCUCACGCGAGGCCAGCGACCGCCCAGCGUCGGGCGGACCCCCUGACGCCUACUCUGCAGCCCUGCUGACCUAACGCCGCUGCCACGCCAUGUCCACCCCUCCGUUGGCUGCGUCGGGGAUGGCGCCCGGGCCCUUCGCCGGGCCCCAGGCCCAGCAGGCGGCCCGGGAGGUCAACACCGCAUCGCUCUGCCGGAUCGGGCAGGAGACGGUCCAGGACAUCGUGUACCGCACCAUGGAGAUCUUUCAGCUCCUGAGGAACAUGCAGCUGCCAAAUGGUGUCACUUACCAUACUGGAACAUAUCAAGACCGGUUAGCAAAGCUACAGGAUCAUCUUCGCCAACUCUCUAUUCUCUUCAGGAAGCUGAGAUUGGUCUAUGAUAAAUGCAAUGAAAACUGCGGAGGGAUGGAUCCCAUUCCAGUAGAGCAACUCAUUCCAUACGUGGAAGAAGAUGGCUCAAAGAAUGAUGACCGGGCCGGCCCGCCUCGUUUUGCCGGUGAAGAGAGGCGAGAAAUUGCUGAGGUCAAUAAAAAACUCAAACAGAAGAAUCAACAGCUGAAGCAAAUUAUGGAUCAAUUACGAAAUCUCAUCUGGGAUAUAAAUGCCAUGUUAGCAAUGAGGAACUAAACUGGUAUUUAAAUUUCCAGCAUUACACGUUAUACCAUUUUUUCCCCUCAAGUAUUUUUUCCCUUUAAAGAAGAUUAUUUAUCUGCU